AUGUCAGUUCCUACGGAGCUUUUAACUCGAGCCGCCGGUGAUGUGGGCCGCACUUUGGUUAAUGUGUAUGCCUACAAAGAUGCAGCAAAACGCCAACUUGAUCCAGACGCCUACAUGUUCAUUGAAGCCGUGCAGACUGCGGGGCAGACGCAUGGCGAGAAUAUCGAGGCCUUCAAGCGAUUUCGUCUCCGACCAAGAUUUCUACGAGAUGUCAGUGUUAUCGAUACCAGUACUCGUAUAUUGGGACAUUCGAUAAAAAUCCCAAUAGGUAUUUCUCCAAGUGGUUUACAUAAAUGGCUCCAUCCGGAAGGGACAAUCGGCACAGCGUCUGCUGCCGCUGCCAAAAAUACGGUCAUGAUUCUUGCUGGAGCUACGACCACGCCCUUAGAGGAACUUACCAAGGCUGUUCCUGACGCUCUUCUCUGGAUGCAAAUGUAUAUGGCGAAACCAAGAAGCGUCAUGCUUAAAUUCUUAAGGAGGGUAGAAGCAGCGGGUUUUUGGGCCAUCGUUCUGUCAUUAGACGAAGUGUCAGGAAGACGAAUUCCGUGGUAUAGCCGCGACGCGUACGAUAUCCCUGACUGGGUCACCUUCCCCAAUUUCCCAAAGCCAGUGACAGAUAGGAGAGCCACAACAGCUGACUUUUUAGAAAACGUUGAUACAGUGACAUGGGAGGAUGUUGAUUGGCUGAAAAAAUUUACGAAACUACCGAUCAUUCUGAAGGGAAUAUCGACAGCAGAGGACGCAGAACUUGCGGUGCACCACGGUGCAGAUGCUGUGUUUGUCUCCAAUCACGGUGGCCGAACGAUAGAUGGCGUUCCUGCCACUAUUGACGUGCUGCCAGAAGUUGUACGUGCCGUAAGGGGGCGCUGUGAGGUUUAUGUGGACGGAGGGGUUCGGACUGGGAGGGACAUUUUCACGGCACUUGCUUUAGGGGCUCGCGCCGUCUUCAUCGGUCGUCCUGCUCUCUACGGUCUUGCCAUUAACGGUGCCAAGGGUGUCCAGGGCGUUCUGGACGUUUUAACCAAGGAACUUGAAAGUAUCAUGGCGCUAACAGGUGUGACACGGAUAGAUGAAAUAAACAGUUCUUAUGUUGUCAAGCAGAGUCACUACGAUAAUGUGAGCAGACCGUCUGGAGGUAGCACCCUAUCGGCGUGUUGUGCGUUGCAGAUCCUUUUUCUGUUUGUACCGCCAUCGCGUCGGGUCACCAUGGCUGUUCCUUUAAAUUUGAUGACAAUAUUAUUGGUAACUUGCACGGCGGGAAAUGUAACCUGUCGUCUGGUGAAUGUCCGUGCCUACAAAGAUGCCGCCGAACACCAAGUGGAUCCAGACGCCUUCAUCUUAAUGGAAAGUGCGUACGCCGCUGGGCUGACCAACGACGAUAAUCUUAAUGCCUACAAGCGGUUUCGUCUUCGGCCAAGGUUUUUGCGAGAUACGAGUCACAUCGACACGUGUACAAGUGCCCUAGGAUAUCCCAUUGAUAUUCCUAUAGGCAUUUCCCCGAGCGGUUUACAUAAAUGGUUUCAUCCGGAAGGGACAAUCGGCACAGCGUCUGCUGCCGCUGCCAAAAACACGGUCAUGAUUCUUGCUCAAGUCACGACUACGCCCCUAGAAGACGUAACCAAGGCUGUUCCUGACGCUCUUCUCUGGAUGCAAAUGUAUAUGACGAAACCAAGAAGCGUCAUGCUUAAAUUCGUAAGGAGGGUAGAAGAAGCUGGCUUCAAAGCCAUCGUUCUGUCAGUAGACGAAGUGCGUAGGAGGCGAAUUUCCUGGUCAAAGCGCAACGUUUACAACCUUCCGGACUGGGUCACCUUUCCCAAUCUUCCAUACCCUGUGACGGACAGGAGGGCUACGGUGGACGACGCAUACGAUAAUGUUUUCACUUUGACAUGGGAUGAUGUUGAUUGGUUGAAAGAUGUUUCACAUAUACCAAUCAUUCUGAAGGGAAUUUUAACUGCGGAGGACGCAGAACUUGCGGUGCGCCAUGGUGCGGAUGCUGUGUUUGUUUCCAAUCACGGCGGGCGCACGCUAGACGGCGGUCCUGCCACUAUUGACGCUCUGCCGGAGGUAGUGCGUGCCGUAAGGGGGCGCUGUGACGUUUAUGUGGACGGAGGCGUCCGGACUGGGAGGGACGUUUUCACUGCACUUGCUUUAGGAGCUCGUGCCGUCUUCAUCGGUCGUCCUGUUCUCCAUGGUCUCGCCACUAAUGGCUCCCAGGGUGUUCAAGACGUACUUGACAUAUUGACUAACGAACUAGAAAGUACCAUGGCGCUCACAGGAGUGACAAGAGUAGAUGAUAUAAACAGUUCUUACGUCGUAAGGCAAAAUUACUACAAUUAUCCGGUCGAAUCAUCGGGAGACAGUGACGUAACAGCAGAAUGCACGUAG